CAUCUUCCUGACCAGACGAAUGGCUGAGUCUAUUCUGCGGUGCAUGCUGGGAUCAGGGAGGGGCCCUAAGCGCCGCCAUGCUUUUGUACGGCGAAAGCGCAGAGCCUUCUGGGACCGAUUGGAUUUUGAAGGUUUAGAUGGCGGGAAUCUCGUCAGUGACCUGGCUGUGGAGGAAAAGAGGAAGGAUAUCUAGCUUCGUAGUGGACUCUCCUGGAGCGCUUCAUAGGAAAGCUUGGGCCUUAAGGAGCAGAUGGAGCAGGCGAAUGCUGUACGUCAAGACGGCGAGACCAAAGCAGGUAUUUUAGCUCACUUGGAAGGACUAGAGGCUCAAAUGAACAGAUCCUGUAAAAGGUCUGAAGAGCUACAACGAACUCAGGCAGAGGAAAGUGCUCUUGGGAUCAAGAUUCGUGAACUGAGGUGCCUGCGAGACAAGCUCAGGGCUGAAGUGAACCAGCGGCGAGCCAGAGCUAAAGCAUCUUCUGCCAGUGUAGAACCUGACCAAACAGUGGGGAUCGGAGAGCAAGAAGUUUUGGAAAGGAAACAGGAAAGUGUGAAAGCUGUUCUGCAGGCUUAUCGUUUUACAGGGCUCAGCGGAAAACUGACCAGCCGAGGAGUCUGUAUCUGCAUCAGCACUGCUUUUGAGGGGAACCUACUGGAUUCCUACUUUGUGGACCUGGUCAUACAGAGACCACUCUGGAUCCAUCACCAUUCCGUUCCAGUCUUCAUUCCUCUAGAAAAGAUAGCUGCAAAGUACUUACAGACCGAUAUUCAGCGCUUCCUGUUCAGUCUGUGCGAGUACCUAAAUGCUUAUGCUGGGAGGAAGUACCAGGCAGACCGACUUCAGGGUGACUUUGCAGCCUUUUUGACCAGACCCUUGCAUAGAAACUCCCUGUGCAACUUGCUGUUGUUUACUUAUAAAGUGGAACAGAUGCGUCAGUCCUCGUUUUGUGCCAGACUGCUGUAUGAGGACCUCACUGCAACUCUUCCAACUGACACCACUGUUACAUAUCAAGGGACAGAAGCAUUAUCCACUUCGAUGGAAGAACAGCGAGCAUCCCAUGAAGCUUUAUUCCGCACAAAGCCCCUGCAUCAGGUAUUUGCUUCAUUUGCAAAAGAGGAGGAGCUGGAUUUGAGCCUGGCCUCCUGAAAUACUGUUCUGCUGGGGAAGCACUGCGGUGAAUGGCCAGCUCUAGACCUGCAAACUGCCGAGGGGCCCAUGCUGUGUCAAAGCACCAUCCUCGCUGUGACGUGACAAUGCCUGCUGCUUCGUCAGGAUGUCAAGGAAAAUACCCCCCCCCAACUAGGUGAAAGGAAAUAUUGCACUUUCUGCUCUCAUGACUAAGGUGACAGGGUUCCAGAAGAA